CCGACCAACCAAAAGACUAAAAUAAUUAUAAACAGGAAUUUAAGGGGCACGAUCCGUGUGCGUGUUAACCCGGACGGUGUAAUUCUCACAGAUGAAUUGGACCGAGUUAGCCGAGAAGCUAACCGCUAUAAAGAGGCCUAGCUAGCGUAGCUAACCUAACCGUCGGUGUCUUUGUGUUGUUAGCAAAAAUAAAUAAAUAGUUAGCGUCUUUUUUUCAAACCAGAAGUUAAAACAUGUCCCCUUCGUGAGGAUGAAAGUUAUUGAUCCUGGCAUGUUCUUCCAAAAGCAUACAGAAUUUAUUUACUGGCCUAUGUUACGUUAUAAGUCGCGUUUUAACGAUAACUUCGUUAUAACGUUAUACUGCAUUUACUAAACCAGCGGGCAUGGCCGUAUCCCGAAUGCGUAAACUUGACUUGCUAGGGCACUAAACAGAUCGUAGGGCGUCGUCGAUUGGGGAGCAUGUGUAGUGUGCGUGUGAAGGGAGCGAGGAGCAGUUUGGGAUACGACCCGUGACUCCAACAGUGCAAACGAGCCAAUUCAUUCCAAGCUGUUGUACGCCGUAACCAUGGAAAUAAGGAGUUUAUUUCUUUAUUUUUUUCUUUAAUUAUCUUGUAUUUAAGGUGCAAUGUGUAAUUUAUUAAACUAUUCAUCGCGGCACUAGGCAAAACUUAUUUCUGUCCAUGUUCUGGCUCCAUGUUCUGCAAAAUGUCGCUUGAAUGCAAAUGAUAUCAAUAAUGAUGAUUAUCGAAUCGAAUGCUCAUAAGAUGAGCACCUUUUAUAUCAGAGCUCAUAUAAUAUCGAAGAAUAUACCCUGAAUUACACCCCAUUCAGCAAAGCUAUGUAUUUGGGGAAAAGGGGUGGGACCAGGUGGGGGACACACUGGACUGGGUACUAAAACAUCGCAGGGCAUGAUCUCACACAUUCACACACUACUGACAAUUUAGAAAUGCCAAUCAGCGUACAAUGCGUCUUCAGACUGGUGGAGGAAACCCCCGAAGUACGGGGAGAACAUGCGCUUACGCAGGGCGGGAGCGGGAUUCGAACCCACGGCGUACUAACCACUACGCCACUGUGCCCCUCUGAGUGCCUGACUAGAAUGUGGAUUUUGUGCACCGCCAAAAUGUACCACUAAACUAAAUCCUUCUCUCUGUACUCGUACCUGUUUCCUCUGUUUGUGUUCCCGCAGUGUAGUGUUGAGCCUUGUUUCUGAAUAGACUCUGAGCAUGGAGCAGUUCGCCGAGUCGACGAGCAGUGGAGAGCAGAUCGUGGUGCAGGCGUCCAGUGGAGCGGUGCAGCAGCAGAGCACAGUGACUGCAGUACAGCUGCAGGCCGACGGCCAGGUGGAUGCGGGUUCAGGCCAGCAGGUUCAGACUCUCCAGGUUCAAGGGCAGCCUUUAAUGGUGCAGGUCAGCGGGGGUCAGCUCAUCACCCCUUCCGGGCAGCCCAUAAUGGUACAGGCCAUGCCGGGAGGACAGGCGCAGACGAUCAUGCAGCUACCGGUGACGGGCUCGCAGGGUCUUCAGCAGAUCCAGCUCGUGCAGCCGGGACAGAUUCAGCUCUCAGGAGGUCAAACGCUGCAGGUACAAACAGCACAGGGACAAACUCAGCAGAUCAUCAUCCAGCAGCCGCAGACUGCAGUGACCGCAGGACAGAACCAGCCUCAGCAGAUCACAGUGCAGGGUCAGCAGGCUCAGACGGCGGAGGGUCAGACCAUCCUGUACCAGCCGGUCAACGCUGACGGAACCAUCCUCCAGCAGGGCGUGAUCACUAUUCCGGCUGCCAGUUUAGCAGGAGGUCAGAUCAUCCAGACGGGUUCAAACGCGAGCGCCACCGGGGGUCAGGGCACCGUGACUGUCGCCGUUCCCGUCACAGGAAACAUGGUCAACGCUGGAGGAAUGGUCAUGAUGGUCCAAAGCGGCGGCUCUGUCCCGACCAUGCAGCGGAUCCCUCUCCCCGGAGCUGAGAUGCUGGAGGAGGAGCCGCUCUACGUCAACGCCAAGCAGUACCACCGCAUCCUGAAGAGACGCCAGGCCCGCGCCAAGCUGGAGGCCGAGGGCAAGAUCCCCAAAGAAAGGAGGAAAUACCUGCACGAGUCUCGUCAUCGGCACGCCAUGGCGCGGAAGCGUGGUGAUGGCGGGCGCUUCUUUUCGGGGAAGGAGAAGGACGAGCUGGAUGUGCAGGUGGAGUCAGAGCAGGCCCCGGUCGGAGAGGAAGCUGUGACUCAAAUGAUCAGCGUUUCAUAACCCUCCGUAACGCUUCGUACGGUGUUAACUGCAGCGUAAAGCUGAAAGAUCUCAGUGCCGGUGCUUUGUACAGCUUUCUACACUGGCUCUGUUCGAGUCUGGUGCUUAAUAUGAGCGAGAACGCAGAGCUAGGAUCCGUUUUUCGCCUUUCACCUUGUAUAUAAUGCUACUGUAAAGGCGCGGAGAGCAGAUCCCAGAUCGGCGCCCUGCACAACUGACAAUUUCUGUAUGAAAGCUUGGAGAGACUCGAAGAGACAGAUCCUGUGCGUUUCUUAUCUCGCGAGGUCGCUCCUGUGUGCUGUGUUUUUCUAUGGGGGAUCUGAUUGGCACAAGUUUUAAUAAUUCUAAGCACGAGUUUUAAUAUUUCCAACGUGAACGUUGUAGCGAGACCAACGUUUUCGGAUCAGAGAAGUUAUUUAAACUCAUCUGGCAUGUUUUAUCGAGUUGUGUUUCCUCGUACAAAUUGUGAAAAGUUGAAAUGUUCUGACUAUGCACUUCCACACUGAACGUUCUCCAGAACGUACCAAAUACUUCAAGGUCUCCAAGGCCACGUCUCACGUGAACUUUACAGCACGAAUAUCCAUUUGAUGAAUAAAAAGCUGGCGUGUUUCAGAAAUGCAA